AUGAACGAAGACCCCGUGCAGGUUCCUACUGAAAAUGCUGAGGCUACAGGGGAGUCUACUGCUUUAUCGCCCGAAGGAUCCUCUCAAACUUUGGCAGAGGGUGAAGUAGAAAAGAAAGAACUGCCAGAGCCCGAUGGUGAAAUACAAUACCCAGCUGCAGAGCCGACAGCCACGGAUCAGGAGGCACCGGAGACGACUGACAACAACAAAAGCCCCGAUGAUCUCGAUGCGGCGACUUCUGAGCCCAUUGCAUCAGAAGGCCCCGUGGCCGUUGAAACCAGUGAGAUGACGCCCGCAGCAGAUACACCAGCGGUUGACAACUGUUCCACUGAGAAAGACAUCGCCGAGCCUCUCUCAGUUGAUGACUCUAAUCCUGAGAGUGUAACUGAAAAGCCCAAGGAGCCAGUAGAUGAGGAUGGGCAAGUGAGAGCACUUCCCGCCGAAACUGAGAUUGUCACUGCAGAAACUUUGGAAACUCCAGACAACACUGCUCCGACUGAAUCCGCCUCUCAAGACCCAGAGACUCCAGCCGAUGAUGUCGAGCCUGAGCCCUCUUCGACUAGCAAAAGCAGCAAGAAGAACAAAAAGAAGAACAAACGCAAGAGUGGGGCAGCGACAGCAGUAGAGCAAGAGCCGGCCGAAACACCUCAGGCUUCUCUAAAUGAAGAUACUCCCGAGACGGAACCUGCUCACCCUGGCACCGAAGAGCCUGAAACAAAGCAGCCUGAUGAUGAGGACACAAGUGCUCCAGCUGAAACGCCAACACCGACGCCAGGCGAAGAAGUUUCGGUAGACAAGCCCCAGGAUGAUGCGGCCACGAGUCUAGAAACAACACCUGAUCAAUCUCAGGGUAACGCGACC